UUUCUCAAAUCGAUCAUACUCACAUGUAAAACACCUCUCUCUCUCUCUCUCUCUCUCUCUCUACCCCGCGCGUCUGUUGUCUCUGUCUCUCCGAACCCCGUCCGUCCGUUCUCUCUCCAUCUUCUUUCUCGUCUACAGGAUCCCCAGAUUCGCAGACUCGGCAUUUUGAUGAAAAAAUGAACUCGUUCUCGGUCACAAGAAAGAAAACUCCUUUUCAGAAACACAGAGAGGAGGAAGAGGCCAAGAAAAAGAGAGCGGAGGAUGAAACUGCUCGCUUGUAUGCGGAAUUUGUCGAAUCUUUUCAAGGGGAUAAUACUCCUGGGUCAAAGGCUUUUGUUAGAGGAGGAACGAUCAAUCCCAAUGAACGGCCAAAGACUGAUACUGAAGGUGGAAAUUCCAAAGAUGGUGUAUCUGUUCCAAAGAAGGGGAGUAGGUAUGUGCCGUCCUUCAUACCUCCUCCUUUGGCAACUAAAGGGAAAGAAUCUGAGAAGAAGAAAGAGGAGGAAAAACCGAAGGAGAAAGAGAAGGGAAAAUCGCGGAAUAUUGAUCAUUUUAUGGAGGAGCUGAAGCUUGAGCAAGAGCUGAGGGAGAAACGUAACCAAGAGCGUGAACAGUGGCGUGAGGGGCGCCACAGUGAAAGUUCUGCUCCACCUAGCCGCUUUGAUGAGCUGCCAGAUGAUUUUGAUCCGAGUGGAAAACUUCCUGGAUCAUUUGAUGAUGGGGAUCCACAGACGACAAAUCUGUAUGUUGGGAAUCUCUCGCCACAGGUGGAUGAGAAUUUUCUUUUGAGGACUUUUGGUCGGUUCGGGCCUAUUGCUAGCGUGAAGAUAAUGUGGCCUCGAACAGAAGAGGAGCGGAGGCGGCAAAGAAACUGUGGCUUUGUUGCUUUUAUGAAUAGAGCAGAUGGACAGGCUGCAAAAGAUGAAAUGCAAGGGGUGGUUGUCUAUGAAUAUGAGUUGAAGAUUGGAUGGGGAAAGUCUGUCUCUCUACCAUCUCAGGCUCUGCCUGCACCUCCACCAGGACAUAUGGCGAUCAGAAGUAAGGAGGGAGGCACUGUUAUCUUGUCUGGCCCUGAUGGUCCACCAGUUACUUCUGUGCCAAACCAGAACUCUGAGCUGGUGCUCACUCCAAAUGUUCCUGAUAUACUGGUUGUUCCACCCGAAGACGAUCACCUUCGCCAUGUGAUCGAUACAAUGGCUCUGCAUGUCCUUGAUGGUGGGUGUGCUUUUGAACAAGCGAUAAUGGAGAGAGGUCGUGGGAAUGCACUUUUUACCUUCUUAUUUGAGCUUGGAUCUAAGGAGCACACAUACUAUGUGUGGAGGCUUUACUCCUUUGCUCAGGGUGAUACCCUUCAGAGAUGGCGAACAGAACCUUUUAUAAUGAUAACGGGAAGUGGGAGGUGGAUGCCGCCCUCUCUGCCGGCUAUCAGGAGUCCAGAGCAUGAGAAAGAAUCUAGUACCACAUUUGCUGCCGGAAGAAGCAGGCGUGUGGAAUUGGAACGCACACUGACGGAUCCACAGAGAGAUGAAUUUGAGGAUAUGUUGAGGGCUUUGACUUUGGAGAGGAGCCAGAUAAAAGAAGCUAUGGGAUUUGCCUUAGAUAAUGCUGAUGCUGCUGGUGAGGUAGUUGAGGUUCUUACUGAAUCUUUAACACUUAAAGAAACACCAAUACCGACUAAAGUUGCAAGGCUUAUGCUGGUAUCUGACAUCCUUCACAACAGCAGUGCUCCUGUAAAGAAUGCAUCAGCAUACCGUACGAAAUUUGAAGCAACCCUACCUGACAUAAUGGAGAGUUUCAAUGACUUGUAUCGGAGCAUCACGGGGAGGAUCACCGCGGAGGCCCUAAAGGAACGAGUUAUGAAGGUUCUCCAAGUCUGGUCAGACUGGUUCCUCUUUUCAGAUGCAUAUGUGAAUGGACUGCGGGCAACUUUUCUUCGAUCGGGUAACUCAGGCGUUAUCCCUUUUCAUUCUAUAUGUGGUGAUGCACCUGAAAUUGAGAAUAAACCCACUUCUGAAGAUAUGGCUGAAGGAGGUAAGCUUGACCAAGAUGCUGCAUUGGCGAUGGGGAAGGGAGCAGCUAUGAGGGAGCUGUUAAAUCUUCCCCUUGGCGAGCUGGAAAGGCGCUGCAGACACAAUGGGCUGUCGCUUUGCGGAGGGAGAGAGAUGAUGGUUGCUAGAUUGCUUAAUCUGGAGGAGGCAGAAAGGCAGAGGGGCUAUGAGCGAGAUGAUGAUAUGAGGCUUGGACAAAGCCAUUCCAAUUCAAGUAAAUAUUCAAGGGAUGAGAAUGUCAGUCGUAGAGAGACCAAUCUUGGGAUGGAGCCACUAGCAUCAUCAGGAUGGAACCGAUAUGGGGAUGAAGUGCUGGAAUCACAUGGCAAAGGUUCAGCUGCACCCUUAGGUUCAACUCUGACAAUUCCACAGCCUGAGCUAAAAGCAUUUACGAAGAACAAAGGAAAAUCUGAGCCUGUUUUGCCAGUUUCGAAGUGGGCCCGGGAGGAUGAUGCCAGUGACGAUGAGGAUAGGAAAGGUGCUCGGGGUUUGGGUUUAAGCUACUCGUCUUCUGGAAGUGAAAAUGCCAAUGAUGGUCCCUUUAAGGCUGAUGAGCAAGAAGUGACCACUGAUUCUAGCAUUCCUACUCACCCCGACAGCGGCAUGAAUGAAGAACAGAGACAAAAGUUAAGGCGUCUAGAGGUUGCUGUGAUGGAAUACCGUGAAUCUCUUGAAGAGAGAGGCAUCAGGAGUUCGGAGGAAAUUGAGAAGAAAGUUGCGAUGCACCGGAGGCGGCUACAGUCUGAGUAUGGUUUAUUAGAUUCUAAUGAAGAUGUUUCAGGGAACAGCAAGCACACUGCUCAGAGGACAUCUCUAGAGAGGAAGGAGAGACAUGACGAAGGCCGUGAUUCUUCAAGGAAGCGGCAUCGCAGCCGAAGCCGCAGCCCGCAGCGCAAGUCCCGUGACAGGGAAAGGGAAAAUGAAGGAGACAAGGAUCGGGAUAAACACCGUGACAGAGACAGAGGCCAUGACCCAGAAAGUGAAAAGGGGAGAAGGGAGCGUGAGAAGAGCGGGAGUAGAGAGAGGGAUGACCCUGAUAGGGACAAGGCCAGAGAUAGGGACAGAGACAGGAGGAGAAAGGUGAAAUGAUGCAGAGAUGCUUUGGAUAUGUGGUGUGUUUCAGAUGUUCUCGAUGAAAAUCGUGCCAAGGAGUGGGUCAGUUAGGCAAUGGCUGUCAUCACACAGCUCUGGUUUGGUGUUGUUUGGGUGAUAAUUUGCGGAUGAAAAGCAAACCUUAGUGGGUGUUUAGGUUGCGUUUGGAUGUGCUAUUGAGUUGAAUUGCUAUAUACUCAGAAUUCAUAUUGAGACACUAGGCUUCAAAUUGCAUUGUUACCUUCGGGUUUCAACUCAGAAGGAACACAAAAUGCAAUUCUGUGGUUACUUUCACAUUAUGAGGACGAAGGUAAACUACAAUUUGGUUGUUUCCUCUCAGCUGAACUAAUUAUUGCAAUUCAAUGAAUUGUGCACCCAAACGCAGCUUUGAACAAACAAUUCUGUGUUCAAGACGAGCAUACCCAUGGAGAGUUUUGCUUUCCUGGGCCUUGAGGAAGUCUGUAUCCACUCCAAAAUCUGGUGAAAAUCUGUAAGUGAACCUCUUGUUUCAAUCCUUUUCAUUGUUCUCAAAUUGUAUUGCAGCUACAAGUUUUGUGAUCAACCUUUCAAUUACUAUUCCAUGGUUAGGGAUUGAAAAAAAGGAGGCUUGUUGUGGCUGCUGCAGAAUCUUGAUUAGAGUUGCAUUAUCGAGAUCUGUUGAUUGUUAUUUUGUGGUUA